CAACAAUAUAGAGUCAAUCGUAUCAUGUUUUAUGACGAUGAUAAACCACUGCCUUCUUGUUUUUAUUUUUACGAAAUAAACAUUGAAAUGCGCAUUAUGCAAAAGCAAGAUAUCACCUGGACAAUUCUUGUUCUGUGCUCCUACUGCAGUUGCCCCGCGGUUGACGAACGUGCCACAGCCGAGAUUGGCACCGCACUAAACGAAACAAAUUGGUCCAAUUCCGCGGAACAUGAGCAUCAACAACUACAACCAUCGUUUAUCAAAACGACCAACAACAACAACAACAACAACAACACCUUUCCACUCGUUCUUCUUCUCAUUGUUUGUCUCUCUUUCCUCCUCUCCUUAAUGUCCACCUUGUCACCUCUUGAUUCGAUCCCUACCCCGGCUGCAUCGCCACCACGCAGCGUGUCACCUACAACCAUGACUAAUGAGAAACCUUUCGUCAUGCCACUCGACACCACUACUACGAGUAUCACUAUUCAACUUUCAAAGUCGCGACGUUUCAAUCGGUUUAUUCAAACCUUACAAAAAUUCCUCAAAGAACUCGACGGCCGAGACAAGAGCAUUAAGUUUUUCCAAUACCUGUUCAAGAUUCUGCUUCACUACAAACUCGUGCAUGCCAAAACGUGGUCACCCAUGGUCAGCCAAUUCUCAAUGACGCGCAAGAUCUUGCGACUCGGUCUGUUUAUAGCGCCUGCUCGACAACUCCUCUAUGAUAACAACAAGACAGACCUGGUGGCGAGCUGUUUCUUGUUAAACGAAUUGGGUAACACUGUGGCCGAUGAUAUCUUUUGCUUAUAUAAACUGGGUCUGGUCUCGAGCAAACUCGGUAAACAGGCCGAAGUCGUUGCUUGUUAUUGUUGGUUCGCCGGUAUUCUCCAUGAUGUACACGAGAAUUGGAUGACUCUUCGGCAACUGCGCCAGAAACAAGUCGUGGAUGAUGAGAAAAUGUUUAAUACACAACUCUCCAUUGUGAAAUUGUCCAUGGAUGGCGUAUUUUGUGCAUGCGACAUUUGGCAACCAUCAUUUGCGAGUGGUGUCCAAGCAUGGUCUGGUUUCUUUAGCGGAACCUUAUCAGGUUACAAAUUAUGGCGAAAAAUCGCAGCAGCAUAACAAAUAGACAACAGUCCUCCUUCUAUAACAUCCCUCAUCUAUCUAUGUAUAUUCCCGCAUCACCCUAUUUUUGUAUUUCUACAAGUUUUGUUCUUUUAUUCUCUUUUCUUUCUAAUAUAUACAC